GAAGGUGGACGUUGUUUUCAAUCUUGAUGAAAACACGCUUUCUGGAAAGAGAAGAAGAAGGGAAGGCAGAGAAGGUUGUGUUGUGUUGUGUUGUGAGAAGUAAAGAAGACGCAAACAGUGUUUUCGAUUUUGAUUGGAUGCUAAAACAAAGUGAUUGGAAACGUGCCUAACGCCAUUUCCAUUUUAUGCGCCACAUGGAACAGUGACUCCGCGAGAUCCAUUCCUUCACCGUGGCUCCAUUCAAAUGGGUUUUGAAAUCCACGAGAUUUGAGACACGGGUUUUGGAAUUCACGCGAUUUGAGAAGUGGGUUUUAGAAAGCGGGAGCCUUUGGUUGAUGGGUGUGGAAGGAAUCUGAGGGAGUUUUUCGAUGUCGGAGAGCGAUCAGCGCCGUCUUCUGGGGCUGUCGGAGGAUGACGUGGAAGCUCGAGGGUCGGAGUUGGCCGUCGUCAAUGGCGGCGGCGGCAUCAACAGCAACAACAAAGGUUUGAGGGAUUUGUUAAGGUUGUCGGGUCACCGACAGAGUUUCAAGCGCAUUGAGAAGGAAGAAGAGAGAGAUAGAGACAGGGAUAGAGAUAGAAGGGAACAAAAUCGGCAUCAUCACGAUGUGGAUCUUGAUUCUUCUGUUGAGGUGCUUGGCGACAGUGCACCUCCUGAAUGGGCGUUGCUACUCAUUGGUUGCCUCAUUGGACUCACAACUGGCCUCUUUGUUGCCUUUUUCAAUAAAGGGGUGCAUAUAAUACAUGAAUGGGUAUGGGCUGGUACUCCAAUUGAGGGUGCUGCCUGGCUUCGUAUUCAGAGAUUGGCUGAUACAUGGCAUCGAAUCCUUUUAAUACCUGUCACUGGAGGAGUCAUUGUCGGAAUGAUGUGUGGUUUACUGGAAAUACUGGACCAAAUAAAGCAAUCCACUGCCUCUCAAACACAAGGUUUUGAUUUUCUUGCAGGAAUCUUUCCGACAAUAAAGGCUAUUCAGGCUGCAGUUACUUUAGGUACUGGCUGUUCAUUGGGGCCUGAAGGUCCUAGUGUUGAUAUUGGGAAGUCAUGUGCCAACGGAUUCUCACUAAUGAUGGAACACAACAGAGAAAGGAAAAUAGCACUUGUUGCAGCUGGUGCAGCGGCUGGAAUUUCGUCAGGCUUCAAUGCACCAGUUGCUGGUUGUUUCUUUGCUAUUGAAACUGUGCUGAGGCCUCUCCGAGCAGAGAACUCUCCUCCAUUUACAACUGCCAUGAUUAUACUGGCUUCUGUUAUCUCAUCAACUGUAUCAAAUGUUUUACAGGGGAUCAAAUCAGCUUUCACAAUACCCGAGUAUGAUUUGAAAUCUGCUGCUGAGCUACCUCUAUACCUGAUAUUGGGAAUGCUUUGUGGUGUUAUAAGUGUGGCCAUGACUCGUUUGGUUGCUUGGUUCACCAAAUUUUUUAAGUUUAUUCAGGAUAAGUUCGGCAUUCCUACUGUGGUCUGCCCUGCUUUAGGUGGUUUCGGAGCUGGGAUUAUUGCUCUUAAAUAUCCUGGAAUAUUGUAUUGGGGUUUCACAAAUGUGGAAGAAAUUUUACGUACUGGAAAGAGUGCUUCAGCUCCUGGAAUAUGGCUUCUAACUCAAUUGGUAGUUUCUAAGGUCAUUGCAACAGCUCUUUGCAAGGGAUCUGGGCUAGUUGGUGGUCUUUAUGCACCAAGUUUAAUGAUAGGUGCUGCAGCAGGUGCUGUAUUUGGAGGCUUUUCCGCUGAAGUUAUUAAUUCAGCAAUUCCUGGAAAUGCUGCUGUUGCUCAGCCCCCGGCAUAUGCUCUGGUUGGAAUGGCGGCUACAUUAGCAUCUGUUUGUUCUGUUCCUUUGACUUCAGUUCUACUUCUGUUCGAGCUGACAAAAGAUUAUAGGAUACUGCUUCCCCUCAUGGGAGCUGUUGGAUUGGCAAUAUGGGUUCCUUCAGUGACAAACCAGGCGAAGGAGAGUGAUACACCCGAUGCAAGUAGCUCAUUACGAGGAUAUUCUCCAGUUUCACAUGCUGGAGAUGAUAAUGAGGGUAACUGGAGACAAGUCAAUGAUGGGAAUGAUUUAGAGCUCCAUAUUGUUGGGGAUGGCGCUGAUCUUGAAACAACUGACAAGGAACUUCUUCUGGACAAUCUUCAGGUUUCCCAGGCAAUGUCAAAACAAUAUUGUAAGGUUUUGUCAUCUGCAAUCUUGAAAGAUGCAAUAAAAUUGAUGCAUGACAGCCAGCAGAAUUGUGUGCUGGUAGUUGAUAAAGAAGAUUUUCUAGAAGGAAUAUUGACAUAUGGUGACAUAAGAAGGUGUCUGUCUCAGGAGUCUCAUGACACUUUGAAGAGUGGUUUAGUGGUUGUGGAUUCAAACACAUGCCUUGUUUCCUCUGUUUGUACUCGAGGGAUGAGCUAUCGUGGACGAGAGCGAGGAAUUUUGACCUGCUAUCCAAAUACUAGUUUGGCUAUGGCCAAAGAGUUGAUGGAAGCCAAGGGCAUUAAGCAAUUACCAGUGGUUAAACGUGGUGGAGAUCAGAGUAGAGAAAGAAAAAGGAGAAUUGUUGGUCUUCUUCAUUAUGAUGCACUAUGGCAUUGUCUCAGGAAAGAGAUUAAUCACAGGCAAACAGCCUAUCAAAAUAUGACAGAUAACAGUUUGGCAGUGACAACAACAAAUGGUCAUUAACGUGUUCUAUCUUUUUGGUUGCCUUGAAAAGUGAGACUAUAUAAUUGAUUUAUAUUGUAAUGCCAAAAAAAUGUUCAUUUGAUAAGGAAGAAAAUAUUUCCAACCCCCACAAAUUAAGAUCAUCAGCAUUCUAAAUCAUA